ACAUAAAAUUGUUUUCGCCUAUUUUUUCGCUGUUCAUCAGAUAUUCUCCUCUUUGCUUGGUGAAAUUUUGGAAAUCGCAAUUAUUGCGUAAACAAAUAGUCAACCAUACCCAAUUUUUGAUCCAAAUUCCAUUUUUUGCAUCAGUUUCCUCCAUUGUUGAGCAGAAUUUGCUGAUCAUUUUUAUCUUCCUUUUGAUUCAUGUAAAUUAGGGUUUCAAUGAAAAUUUUCAGUUUCUCAGAAGUUUCUCGAAUCACCAUCUCCUUGUAGAUAAGUUGAAAUUUUCUUCCUUUCCCUUUGAUCAAAAUGUUUGUUUUCGCUCAGAAAAUGCAUACCCAGAAGCUGAAAUCUCGUAAAAUGAAGUAGUCAUGAUGAUGAUAUUGUUGUAUGUAUCUUUUGUAUGUAGUUUUUAGCAAAAUUGGGUGUCUUGUGAGCGAGGUGUUUCCAAGCUGGCUCGGACACCACGGUUAUAAAAAAAAAAGGAAUUUGUGUGUUUAGUAGCUAAUCUCGCAGGAAUUGUUGUAUACGAUUAGUAAGUAACUAGAAAUAUGAAGCAUCAGAAGAAGAAGAAGAGAUCGAAAACUUGUAAACAAGUUGGGGUUGGUAAUGGUUCUCUGCCAUCUGGUAAUAGCAAUGAGGGAGGGGAGAGUGUUGUGACGGCUUUAACGGAUGCAUUUAGCUCUCUAUCUGUGGAGGAAGCAAAGUGUGCUUAUAAAGAGGCAAACGGGGACUUGAAUAAAGCAAUGGAGAUUUUGGGUGAAAUGGUGGAGCGUAAGGAAGAGGAUAAAGUCACUAGUUGUUCUAGCUCAAGUGGAAAUGUUAGUUCAAGUUUGGAUUCGAGUAACUCGGAUAUGUUUGUUGGGGGUCAUUCCUGGCAAAAUUCAGUUCAGCGCAAGGUUAAGACGAAGAAAUUGAUAGCUUCUACUGGAACAGUCUCGACGAUGAUAGGGAAGGAUUAUGUGAGGACAACUCCAAAGAAGAGUUGUUCAAAGUUCAAGGGAUUAAAUGAUGAAACAUCGAGCAACGAUGAUGUUGAGCAGUUUUUAUAUUCCAUGCUUGGGGAGAACUCUGAUUUGAGCUUAGCUGUCAUCAGAGAUGUGUUAUGUCAAUGCGGAUAUGAAGUUGAGAAGGCUCUGAGUGUGUUGCUUGAAUUAUCAGCUUCCUCUAAUGAGCAACCUAAGCUUAGCGACUGUAGUGCAAACUGGAAAGAAGAGGCAGUGUUUCUUCAUUCAAGUAACGGUCUUACUGAUAGGACAUCUGAUUCUACUUCUCAUUCAUCUGAAGGCGAAGUUCUUGAUAAUGUGUGGUUUUGGGGGCCUCCUGGCAGGAAUCAGUUAAAAGUUCCUGCUGGAAACUCAGAACAUUCUUCAUCAUCUACAGCAGGAAGUUCUGGGCCAGUACUUCCUCAAGAUAUCCUGGAAUCUUUGUUUAAUAUGCCAACCCCUAAGAGUGCUGAACAUGAACCAACUACUAUGAACUGGAAGAAUGUAGUGAAGAAAAUGACAUCUUUGGGACAAAGGUUUGGAUCUUGUCCUAAUGAUAUUCCACCACUACAGCAUACUCAUGCUGAGGGAGCUGAGUAUCAGCUGUUUAGGGAAGCUGCAAAGCAACAUUGGGAGUCAAUGAGAUCCCAUUAUCAGAAGGCUGCUACAGCUUUUUCAAAUGGCCAAUUGGGACAUGCUGCUUAUCUUGCGGAUCAGGGUAGGCUACACAACCGAAAAGCUCAAGAGGCUGAUGCGAAGGCUAGCCAGGAUAUAUUUGCAGCUAGAAACAAGAACAUUGAAAACAUGAUAACUAUUGACUUACAUGGGCAACAUGUCAAACCAGCAAUGAGACUUUUGAAACUGCACCUUCUGUUUGGAGCAUUUGUACGCUCUGUUAGGUUGUUCAGGGUUAUCACUGGAUGUGGGGCACAUGGCGUUGGGAAGUCGAAGCUGAAAAACUCGGUAGUUGAACUUUUGAAGAAAGAAAACAUUGAAUGGACUGAGGAGAAUAGAGGAACAUUGCUCAUCAAACUCGAUGGACGAAUGAAUUUUAGCUUUCUAGAUUCUGAUGACGAUGAUGAUGACUGAUCAUCCCCUUAGGCAUGAUCACUAGCAGUUAGGUGCCGCGGAUUUUUAGCAUUAACAGUGGCGCUAAGUUGUAAUUAACAUCACUAUAUUAUCUGGACCUAGAUUAUGAUAUUUUACGACAUUUUACAUUAUCUUUUGUUAGUGUGAGAAUUGUAAAUUGGAUCUUAGCUCUGAGCAUUAUGCAGCUUGAUAGCUCAAGUGUCAGUGUAGAAUGCACAUUAUUGUUGUAACGUUAAUACUCAUUUGUUCGGGCAAUAUUAUGCUUUCAAUCAUGAAAAUUUGCAGUUGGUGAUC